GUUUAUCGAGCGUCCCAUCCCCACCCAAACCUUCAUUGCCGGCGAAUUCGUGCGGUUUUGGUAUCCUUUCCAGCUCAAGACCUGCCGCAAAUGCAGUUCGAAGAGCAUCUCGCGGCCGCUUGCAAGUCUCAACGUUGCUUUAAUCGUGAGCGGCCCGGCGACCGCGCCGAACAGUGUGAUAUGCCCGCGCUUUGCUGUGUAUGCCUUGCCAAUGGUCACGAGACCUCAAGCUGUCCUUUCAUUUAUUGCAGUUCCAAUAUAACCGGUGCGAAGCCUACUGACAAGCCUGCUGAGAAGGAGAAAUCAUAUUCUGGGGCCGCUAAGACCGGAAAACUCGUGGACACUGCCAGAAAAGCCGAAGAGGAUAUCAGCCGGACCAAGUGA